CCAUUUCGAGUGCACAAAAUCAAAAUAUCACACUUAUGGCGACCGCUUCCUUUCUCCAAUCCCUCCCAUCAAUCCCCCGCCCAUUCCGCCCACCCCCACGCGCCUCCUCACACCCCCACGCGCAGCCGGAACCCCCGGAGUUCCCCACCCCACCCUCGGAGACGACGACGAGCGCCGACAAAUUCCCAAUCGAGAAGCGCCGGCCAUCGGAGAUCAUCCGCGAGCGGCGGCGGCGGCGGCGGGACUUGCCGGAGCCGCGGAACCUGGAGAUCGGGUGGAAGCGGACGAAGCCAAUCCCUCUGGAGAAGCCAAAGGGAUACGUGAUAAUGGAUUUUCUGGGGAAGCUGGCGGGGCUGAUGGAGGGCGGCGAGUUCGGGUCGGCGGCGCUGCUGGCUAAGGCCGGCGAGAUAGUGGCGGAGAGGGCGAGGGAGGAGGCGGAGGUGCUGAUGGAGGAAGGGGAGGUGGAGGGAAGGAUGGUAGUGGAGCUGGGGAGGGUGCUGAAGCUCAUGGAAAUGGAUCUCGCCAUGCUCAGAGCCGCCGUCAAAGAUGACACCGCCGCCGACCGCCUCCGCCAGGCUCAGGCGCGCUGCCGCCAGGCCAUUCUCGUCGCCCGCUCUUUCUGACCUCACCCCACCAUAUAUAUAUAUCGUCAUGUUUGAUAAUACUAGUGUUUUUAUUUAGUUUGAGAUUAUUUUUAUGUUAAAUAUAGAAGGAAUAUUGAUAUAGUAAUAUGUAAAACAAUCCGUGUACCAAUCAGAAUUCAGCUCGCAAGCCAUGCAGAUCGGGAAUGAGAGUUUGAUUUAUUUUUUUCUUAA